AUGUGCAACACUAAUCAUGAUCCAAACAAGGGGAAGGAAAAACUGAAUGAGGAAACAGUAGCCAAACAGAAUAAUGAGAACAAGCGAAAGGUGACUGUGUUGGAAGAAAAACCUGUUGCUAAAUCCAAGAGUUCAAAGUGUCACAAGAAUGAUACUGGUGAAGAAGAAUCAACAAAUUCAUCCAAAGAAAUUUCUCCAUUUGUUCUUUUUGGAUAUAUUAUUGAUCCAACUAAAGGAAAUCGAAAAGCUUACCCGUGCAACUUUUGUACACAAAAAUUUGUUUCUCCACAAGCAUUAGGUGGACACCAAAAUUGUCACAAGUUGGAGAGAAGACUCCAGAAAAAGAACGAAACUAUGAACAAAGUUAGGGAAAUUUUCUCUAAUAUGGGGCAUGGAUAUCAAAAUUCUGGAAUUGACAGAGAGAUUUUGCAUGCUACAGAGUCAUCAAGUUUUGAUGCAUGGAUUUUGCACUAUGUUCAGCAUAUAAACCAAAACAUUGUUAAUGAACAAGUUACUAUGACUGAAAUUGACUUUGGAUUGGUUUCAGAGGCAGGUGCUAAUAUAGAUGUUGAACAUGAACACAAAGAGACUCAGGAGGAGGAGGAGGAAGCAUGCAAAACGAUUGAUUUGAACCUUAAGCUUUGA